AUGGGGGAUGAAACAGGAGGGGCAUCUUUACCAUCAACAGGAAGCGAUGCUAAAAAACGCAGGGUAACCUACUUCUAUGAACCCACAAUUGGUAAUUACUACUAUGGCCUAAACCACCCAAUGAAACCCCACAGAAUCCGCAUGGCUCACAACUUGAUAACCAGCUAUGGUCUUCUCCGUUAUAUGGAAAUCACUCGUCCAUUCCCAGCCGCUCCUGAAGACAUAGGAAAGUUUCAUUCGGAUGAGUACGUGGAGUUCUUGUCUUCAGUGUCUCCAGAAUCACUGGCUAAUCCAGAACAUGGCACGCGGUCAGAGAGAUUUAAUGUUUGUGAAGAUUGUCCAGUUUUUGAUGGGUUGUUCGAGUUCUGUCAAGCUUCUGCGGGUGGCUCAAUUGGUGCUGCUGCUAAACUUAAUAGAGGUGAUGCUGAUAUUGCUUUGAAUUGGGCUGGUGGAUUGCAUCAUGCUAAGAAGGAUGGGGCUUCUGGGUUUUGUUAUGUUAAUGAUAUUGUUCUCGGCAUUCUUGAGUUACUCAAAGUUCACAGGCGUGUGCUCUAUGUCGACAUUGAUGUUCACCAUGGAGAUGGUGUUGAGGAGGCUUUCUACUCUACUGAUAGGGUCAUGACUGUGUCUUUCCAUAAAUAUGGAGAUUUCUUUCCUGGCACAGGGCACAUUGAGGACAUUGGGGUUGGCCAAGGGAAGAACUAUGCCCUGAAUGUUCCAUUAAAUGAUGGAAUGGACGACGAAAACUUCCAUGGUCUUUUUCGGCCGAUCAUCCAAAAAGUCAUGGAGGUUUAUCAGCCUGAAGCAGUUGUUCUCCAAAGCGGAGCAGACUCAUUAUCUGGUGAUAGGUUGGGCUGUUUCAACUUGUCCAUUAAGGGCCAUUCGGACUGCCUUCGUUUUCUAAGAUCUUUCAACGUUCCUUUGAUGGUCUUGGGUGGGGGUGGGUAUACUCUCAAGAACGUUGCUUCUUGCUGGUGCUAUGAGACAGCAGUUGCAGUUGGGAUGGAACCUGAUAAUAGAUUGCCUUACCAUGAGUACUAUGAGUACUUUGGCCCUGAUUACACACUUCAUGUUGAUCCAUCCAACAUGAAGAACCUAAACUCACCCAAAUAUAUGGAGACAAUAAGGAAUACACUGCUAGAGCAAGUUUCUAGACUAAUUCAUGCUCCCAGUGUACCUUUUCAGACAACGCCAUCAACAACUGAAGUUCCAGAAGAGGCUGAAGAAGACAUGGAUCAGAGACCAAAGCAUCCCAUAUGCAAUGGUGAGGAUUAUGAUGAAGAUGAGAUGGCUGGACCUAGAAUUUUGAACAUUGAUGCGCAACCAAUCACUGAGAUGAGGGAUGCUGUGACCGAUGCAAUGGAAGAAGACUAG